AUGUCUUACCCCACACCUUCUCCGAUCGUCAUCUCCGAAGAAAAACUUCAAUCGCAAUAUUCGCAUUUUCUUUCCAAAAGAUGCAAGAACCGGAAACUUUACUCCUUUUGGGACCCUGCAGAUUUGUCUGCCAAAAGAAACGAUAGGGCAUCGAACUCAGACAAGUCUGUCCCAGUCAUUGAGCUCACUGGCGGUAUGCCCAAUGAAAUAUUCUUCCCCAUAAGGUCCAUAGAACUAAAUAUCAAUAGAGGUAUCCAUACCACUUCACCGUUCAUAAAUGCGCGCAUCGAUAAUAAGUUGCCAAGGGAACUCCCCAUCCCAAUCUCGUUCCAGUACUCUCAAACACAGGGGUUGGCCCCGAUCUUGGAUUUUUUGAAACUCAUUGUUGCUAAUUGCAACAAUCCCCCCUAUCAAAACUGGGAUCUACUACUAGCAAACGGCUCUAGUGAUUCCAUGUUUAAAUUGUUUGACACCUUAACUGAUGAGACAACUACAGUUCUUGUUGAGGAAUUUACCUUCAGCCCUGUGUUGUCGAAUAUCACCGCCACGGGUGCUUCUUGUGUCCCCUUACAAUUGAAUUUCACUUCAAACCCUUCAAACCAAGGCAUUAAUGUAACAUAUUUACAACAUUUACUAGAAAAUUGGCAAUCAGGCCCUUAUAAGCAUCUAAAUCGUCCCUCUAUAUUGUACACAAUCUCCACAGGGCAAAACCCGACUGGUUUGACCAUUUCAAUGGAAAAUAGAGCACGGAUUUAUAAACUGGCUCAAAAAUACAAUUUCUUAAUAGUGGAAGACGAUCCCUAUAGUUAUAUGUCAUAUCCAACAUAUGUCAAAGGCAAAAACAUCAAUCCUUAUCAUUCUCGCAUGUCAACUCAAGAGUUCAUCCAAUCUCAUUUGGUUAAAUCAUUCAUCACGCUAGAUACAGAUGGUAGAGUCAUUAGAUUAGAAACUUUUUCUAAAUUAUUCGCCCCGGGGUUAAGAUUAAGUUUCAUAGUCGCAAACAAUUUCAUAAUCAAGCAAUUGUUUGAUUAUUCUGAAAUCACUACAAAGGCUCCUUCAGGUGCCUCCCAAGCUCUAUUCUAUUCCACUGUAAAGGCAAUGUCUGAACAUAUACCGAACAACUAUUGCUCCACAUCUACCUCCCUUGCUCAUCCCAAUAUCCCCCUCCCAUCAGAUCUUUCUCAUGGUGAAUUGAAUAAAAUGUACAAUGGUUGGUUCCAAUGGUUGGUUCGUUUGGCUCAAGAAUAUACAAGUAGAAGAAACGUUACUCUAGAUACAUUAACAAACACAACAGCAUACAAGUUGGGUAUGUUUUACAUAACUCCGCCCUCAGCAGGGAUGUUUAUCAGUAUAAAAAUCAAUUCCUCUUAUAAUAAUAAACUAAUCGAUGAAUUCAAUAACGAUAUCCCCACAUUAUUGUCUCAUUUAAAUAAAAUCUUAAUACAAAACGGUGUCAAAUUAGUAUUAGGCUCAAAUAUGUGUGUUUCCAAGGAAUUUUCCAAAAAUCAUUGUGAUUUCUUAAGAAUGACUAUCGCAUAUUCCAAAGAUGAAAAUGAAUUAAUAGAAGCUUCAAAAAGAAUAGGUUACGGUAUUGAACAAUUCUUCAAUACCUCAAGAAACAUUUCAAAUAAAGAAUUUUAG